AUGGACUCAAGUUCAACUCUAGCAUCAUCAUCCUUCCUCAUGAUCAAGUCAACUUCAAUCCCAUCUUUACCAAUAUUGAAGAAGCAAAUUCAUUUUCAUUCUUAUAAGCCCCUUCACAGCAAGAAGUUGAUGAUCAUCAAUGCCUCUUCUGCUUCUUCUAACUCCUCCACUCCAAACCCCUUCAUUUCCACCCUCAAGACCACCACUGCUGCUGUCAUUUUUGCGGUGGCCGUGUUUGGGUCCUUUGGGAAGUUCAAUAAACCAGCUAGAGCAAUUUUUCCAUUUCCACCAACUCCAACAUCACAGCAAAACAUUUCUGAUGCCAUCGGAGUCUUCAAAGAAGUUCUUCAACCCUUAAAGAAAUCCAACUCUGAGGCCACUGGGGCUGUGUUGGAAUCAGAGUUGCAUCAGAAACUGAAUCCUGAGGCCAUUGAGGCCUUGAAAACUUUGCUUCAGAAGAAACUGAAGGCUAGCAAGAAGAAAGAAUGCUUGGAUGCAUUGCACAAGUUAACCUCAGCUCAGCCAGAAAUCACAGAUUGGACGUUUCUUGCUGCAAGACUAUUGAAUGAAAUGGGGAAUACACAAGAAGCAAUAGAAGUUCUGUUGCCUAUUUUGCAGGAGGGUGAUCUGCCUUCUGUCUUGACAAUGUUUGAGAUUUCAUUGUUGGUGGACUUGUCUGCACUUAAGGAACAUGUAAAGUGCUUCGAGGAAAAAAUCAGGGAGUCAUCAGAGGGUGUGGUUGAUCAGGAGAAGCAGGGGAAGGAAGAGAGAUUUCUUAUGCUAAUCUUGGCACAGUUACAAUUCUUGCUUAAUAAUGUGGAUGAAGCAUUGAGGAUUUAUGAGGAACUUGAAAGGCAGGAUCCUAGUGAUUAUAGGCCUUAUUUUUGUAAAGGGGUGAUAUGUACUUUGCUUGAUAGGAAGAAAGAAGCUAGAGAGCAAUUUGCUAAGUACCGCGAACUUUCGCCCAAGAAAAUUGAGGUGGAAUGGUACUUGAGGACUCCUAUUCGAAGAAUGAGGCUGUUUCUGACUCCCGAGGAUAAGAAUUGA